AGGAGGUGGGGGAGGGCAGAACAGGCGGGCUGAGCUCCAACGGGAAGCUCUCCCAUCUAUUUAUGUCGGUGAUCGCGGCCGGUGCCCCCGAGGCCCGUUCUCUCCAUCCUUGGGCAGCCUCCCUCCAUCCUGGGGCAGCCUCCCUCCUUCCCUCUCUCUUUUCUUUCCUCCGGGUCCUUGCUCCUGCCCUGGCCUCGGUUCCGUCCCCUCCCCACCUUGUCCGGGUCCCCAGCCAGGGCGGAGGGGUCGCUCCGUCCGAGGGUUGGUGUGGAAACCGUCGCCGCCGGGGUCUCCGGGAGGGGGCAGCCCCGAGAUGCCAGGGGGCGGCCGCCGCCGCCGCCGGAGCCGGCCAUGGUGGGGCGAGGAGAGGCUGCUGCGGCGCCGGGUCUCAGCAUCUCCCCGCCUGGGGCCCGGGGCGACCAGGAGCCGCCGCCUCCGCCACGGCCGCCGCUGCAGCUGCUGAGAGCCGGUGGGCGAUGGGAUGAAGAUGAGACGUCAUAAACUCUUUCUGACUCUGUGUAUGGCUGGCCUCUGCCUCAUCUCCUUCCUACAUUUCCUUAAAGCCUUGUCUUAUGUCACCUUCCCCCGGGAACUGGCCUCCCUCAGCCCCAACCUGGUAGCCAACUUCUUGUGGAACAAUGCCCCUAUCACACCUGAAGCCAGCUCGGAGCCUGGGGGAGCCAUGGGCCCUGAGCUGCUCCGAACUCCACUCUAUUCCCACUCACCCCUGCUCCAGCCCCUGCCCCCGAUGGGGGCCACUGAGGAACUCCAUCGGCUGGAAUUUGUGCUGCCUGAGGACAAGGCAGAGUAUUUUGUCCGCACCAAAGCUGGCGGGGUCUGCUUCAAGCCAGGUACCAAGAUGUUGGAGAAGCCCACAGCAGGACAGCCAGAGGAGACACUUGAGGCUGGAGACAGCUCUGUCUCUGGGGGCACAGCCCGCCGCCCACUGACGAUCGGAAACUGGCUGGCUGGGGGAAAACCUAAGGGGAUGAGACGUCGGAAGUGGGUGGAAUGUGUGUGUCUGCCCGGCUGGCACGGGCCAAGCUGUGGGGUGCCCACCGUGGUGCAGUACUCGAACCUGCCCACCAAGGAGCGCCUGGUGCCCCGGGAGACCCCACGACGGGUCAUCAAUGCCAUCAAUGUCAACCACGAGUUUGACCUGCUGGAUGUGCGGUUCCAUGAGUUGGGGGAUGUGGUUGAUGCCUUUGUGGUCUGCGAGUCCAACUUCACUGCCUAUGGAGAACCUCGGCCGCUCAAGUUCCGAGAGAUGCUUCGGAAUGGUAGCUUUGAGUACAUCCGCCACAAGGUUCUCUACGUCUUCUUGGACCACUUUCCACCAGGGGGCCGCCAAGAUGGAUGGAUCGCCGAUGACUAUCUUCGGACCUUCCUGACCCAGGAUGGUAUAUCCCGUCUACGCAACCUUCGCCCGGAUGACGUCUUCAUCAUCGAUGACGCGGAUGAGAUUCCUGCCCGGGACGGUGUCCUCUUCCUCAAGCUCUACGAUGGCUGGACCGAGCCCUUUGCUUUCCACAUGCGCAAAUCACUCUAUGGUUUCUUUUGGAAGCAACCUGGCACCCUGGAAGUAGUGUCGGGCUGCACAAUAGACAUGCUGUUGACCGUCUAUGGCACAGACGGGAUCCUGCUGAGAAGACGACAGUACUACACUAUGCCAGGCUUCCGUCAGUACGAGAAUCGCACGGGCCACAUCCUUGUCCAGUGGUCCUUGGGCAGCCCACUCCACUUUGCAGGCUGGCACUGCUCCUGGUGUUUCACCCCUGAGGGCAUCUACUUCAAGAUGGUGUCAGCCCAGAACGGUGACUUCCCCCGCUGGGGUGACUAUGAAGACAAGCGGGACCUUAACUACAUAAGGGAGCUGAUCCGUACAGGUGGCUGGUUUGAUGGCACACGGCAGGUGUACCCUCCCGCCGACCCCAGCGAACACAUGUAUGCCCCUAAGUACCUGCUCAGAAACUACCCACGAUUCCACUACCUGCUGGACAAUCCCUACCGUCAAGCUGAAGGGACUGUGGGUGCGAAGGACAGCAUGAGGGGCAUUGAUGGUGGUGGGGCUGGGCCUGAGGGAGCCGCAGCCAGGGCAGCACAGGCAGGGGAGAUCUGAUGAUAUCACAAGGCUGCAUGAUUUUCACUGGGGGGAGGGCCGGGGUAGGGAAGGGGGAGAGGGCAUUGGGAUGGUACAGUUGUCUUCUGGGGCUAAUUGCUCUCAUCCUCUCUCCCUUCUCCAAGAGGGAGCCCCGCAUGAUCAGAACUUAGGAAGAGGGGCAGGGGGGUGAGGGGACCUUAGAGCCCAGGAUGUCCCCAGUACUAACCCCAGGUGAGCCCACAGGUCUUCUUCUUGGAGUCUAUGCCCUUGGGUAUCUUUUCAUUUCUUUCUCUGUGUUGCACAUGGAGCUUUUCCCCAGGGGAUGGAGGGGAGUUGAUUUUUCUGUUUGCAGCUCCAUGCCCUCAUCCUCCAACCACAUUUUGUGGCCAUGGCAAGGCAGGUAUAGGGACCAGCAGGUAGAGAAGGGGCUGGAUACUGGGUGAUGGAUAGGCAGGAAGGGAAUGUAGGGUAUGCAGGUGGGCAGCUGACCUGGGGUGGUCUUGGAAGUAUGAGUGGCCGGCCCUUGGUUCCCCCCUGGGAAACCACUUUGGGCUAUGGUCAAUAAGAGGAAGGAGAAGGAAAGACCAGAUGCUCUAGAAAUACAGUGGGGACCAGGGAAGGGAGGGAGACUUGGGAUAGGGGUAUGAAAAGGGAGUAGGGGCGGGGGGUGGGAGAGAUGUAUAAUUCCACUAGAAAUUAACACAAGGAGAAAGGAGCUCUAGUCCAGUGACCGAUCCACAGACCAUGCCGCUCUAUAUUCCAAAGGAGCAGUGGGCAGGGUUAUGUGGAACUGUAGAGGAGACAAGACAGAGCUCAGGGCUCAUUGCUCAUCCCUAGCGCCUGUUGGAGAGGUCUUGGGAAGCCCCUGUCUCCUGAACCUCAGCCCUAUUGUGCCCUUUUAUCCUUGUUUAUUCAGUGGUACACUUUGGGAUGGGCAUGGGGGGCAGAUGGAGGGACCCUUAGGAAAUCAGAGGAUCCUAUCACCCAUGUUUCUUGGAGAACUGUAUAGGGUCAGGUAGGAACUGGGAGCAGGGUGUUGGGGUGGAUGCAGCAAGAUCCCCCUUUCCCUUUAACCUGGGGAGGGCCAGACAGAAACACUAGCCUACAUACAGCAGAACCCUGUCUCUCCCGCUGAUCCCCCAACAUCAAAGCCUUCUCUGAGAGAGUGGACAACGGGAAUCUGCUUCCCUCACUUUCCAUCACCUUCCCCCCAUCCCUCCCAACCCUGUUGCUUGUAAACACGUUCUGGUCUUUUUUUUUUUAACCAGAAAUUAGGACAAUUCUAGUCCCUCAGCUCUGUGCAGUCUGGCCAAUCUCUUCUCCGGAGCUCCAUUUCCUCAUCUGCUAAAUGAGGGGUUGGACAAAUCCCUUCCAGCUCUGGCAUGCCAUGUCUGACAUCCUAAAUAUUAGUUGGAGGGUGGGCCUCACCAUACCUGUCUUGGACUCCUGAAGGGUGGUCAUCUGGAAGACAGAUUUUACUUAUGCUGGCUUGGUCCCAGGGACCAGUGAAGGGAAGUGGCCAAGAGGCAAAUUUAGGCUUCCCAGAUUGAGAAUGGAAAGGGACAUUCAACGACUGUCCUGGACCCCUUGGGCUGUCAAUCUGGUGAAGCUGAUGGACCCUUCUCAGAAUCAUGUUCUUCAAUGCACAAAAUAAAAUACAUAGGAUUGCAAAGGAAGCGAACUAUAUGGAGAUGCUAUUACCAAAAGAUUUUGUUUAAGUUCACGGACCCCAAGCUUGAGAACCAAUCCAACCAUUCUCAUUGUAUAGCUGAAAAAAAUCGGGACCCAGAUACCUUGAGUAACUUUCCAAGAUCUCCCAGGAAGCUAGUAGCAGAAUGAGAUAUGACCCCAGAGCUGCUGCCUCUAGGUGCCAUGCUCUGUCCACCACAGCCCCAGACUUCACAAUUAGAAGUAGCCCAGAAUGGAAUGGGCUGCCCCUCACAUUGCCCGCAUCUCCCAGCAAAAGCCACUAUGUUGGGAGAGAGAUUUUUCAUUAGCUGCGGUGGUCAAUGAUCUAGGUGACCACUGAAGUUCCAUAAGACUCAGAACUUGUGUGAUUCAAUGCUUCCCUCCCACCCCUUGAAGAUCCCACUCAUCCUGUGCUUUUCAUACUGACCCCCACCCCAGUUCUCCCCUCUAGAUCAGAAGGUAAUCCUUUUGGGGAUCCCCAAAGUUCAUUCUCUGUCCUUCAGAGGUACAGUGUGGGGAAUAGAGCAGAACAAAGCGCCUCUUAAGGAUUUCAGAUUUCUAACCCCCAGUGAGUGGGUGGGGAAUGAGGGCAGAGGCCAGGCAGGAGGCUCCAGGCUGGGAAGAGGGAAGAAUGAAACCUUUCCAAUCAUCCAGACUCCUUUCAUUCCAGGCAAGCCCAGCUUCUAACCCAAGCUUUCCAGCUGGGGCUAAAUCUCUCUCUCUGUGGGGGGGAGAGCCUGGGAAAGUGUCUUCUCUAUUCCUGAGAUUAAAACCAGCCUUUCUCCUCCCUAACUUUGCACCACCCCCACCUCACCCCCACUCCAAGAAAGUUUGUGUUUGUAUGUGUGAGUAGAUGGCAAUGUGAGCACACCAGCUCUGCUCCUAGGAAGCCCUCCAUGAAUGUGUCUGAAUAUGUAUGUGCGUUUACUUAUGUGUAUAUAGGACCCUAAAUUUAGGACUGGAAAAGACUUCACUCGUCAUGGAGGAAACGCCCACAUCUCAAUCUGCUGUUGGGUGUGCCGGGCACAUUGUCCUCAUUUUACAGAUGAGGAAACUGAGGCAGCUAGUGGUUUAGCAACUUGUCCAAGGUCCACAGUAUGUGAGUCAGGAUUUGAACUCGGGUCUUCCUGACAUCAACUCUUGCACACUCUGUACUCAUUGUGCUCAGCCUGACUAUACUCAUGUGUCAGUGGGUGUGCACAGGAGAGCAUGUGUGUGUGUGUGUGUGUCUCUCUCUCUCUAGGCUGGUCUAGUAGACAGAGCCUUGGUCUGGGAGUCAGAGACCCAGAGUCUAGCCCGAGCUCUGUCACCCUGGGGUCCCCUGGGACAAGUCCCUUUCUGGGCCUCUUUCCUCGUCUGUCAAACACGGUCAGAUGCAGAUCGAUCCAUCAGCUCUCACCUGUGCCAGGUGCACACAUCCAAAAGGGCUUUCCCUCACCAAGCUUACAUUCUAUAGAUUCUGUACGAACAUAAACAUUCUAUAGAAAAAGGUCCCUGAGGCUGGGAAUCCUGGGAGAGAGAAUGAGCAGUGGGUCUUUGUCCGGAACUUUCUCGUGGGUCUCUGUCACUUUGUUCCCUCAGGUCAUGGCCCCUCUCCCUCCCCCACAUCUGUUGUAAACUCCCUCUCCCUGUGUAUUUUCUCCCCCAGGACUCUUCGGUGUACAGUGCAGACCCUCACGGACUUGGAGCCAGGCUUAGAAUCCUCAUGUGGGGGCAAACCACCUUCCCGCUCUCUGCCUCAGUUUCCUCCCCUGUAAAAAAGGGGUCUGGUCCCUUCCAGCUCCAGAUCUAGGAUUCUGCUGCUCCCUUCUGCUCACUUGUCCUGUACCCCUCCCUUCCUUUACCAUUUCCUGCCCAACUCCCUAGCCUUCAGCUGAGACUUGGUUUUUGGCCUCAUGCCCCCUCCUGGGAGAGCAGCAUGGUACAGUGGGAAGACCCUGGAUGGGGGGUCAGAGGGCCUGGGUUGAAUCCUUGCUUUGCCACUUCUAACCUCUGUGACCGGGCAAGUCACUGAGCCUCUCUGGGACUUAGUUUACAAUUGUCUGUAAAAUGAGGGUUGGAAUGAUGAGCCUGGAAGGGCUGCUCCAACUCAAGAUCUAUAACCCUAUGGCAGCAGGGGAUGGAGGAGCUGGGUCGCUCUCCAGUCCUAUAAUCAUUGCCCCUGCCUCCCUCUUACCCCUUCACUCUGCCCCCACCCCAGGCUGUUGGGGGUGGGGUGUAGGAAGGUCUUGUAUGCUACUGUCAUUCCUACUGGGAGAGCUCCUGAUGGAACCUCGACCCUGGCCUCUCGAAUCUGAGCCCUGAGUCCACUUAUGGAAGAAAGAGCGAGGGUAGGGGUGGAGGGGCAUUUGAAUUCUCUGUUACCCCCCCUCCCCCAGGAUGUGGCCAGCUUCCAUCUCUGAGAAGGGGGUGCUUCUCAUUUAGAGGAGUGAGGUCAGCCACAGCUGCUUGAAAAGCAAGUAAGCGCCUUUGCUGGCUGGGCUCUGGGGAUCCCCAGACAACGGAGAAAGUCUGCCCACUAGGAGCUCUCAUUCGAACUUUCAUUUCCUACCUGAGGGGAUUAGGCUAGGCAACCUACCUUCAACUUCUCUUCCCGCUCUAAAUCCUGAUUUCAGGACCAUGUGGAAAGUAGGCCUUGGGGAACGGUGCACCCAUCCUGGCAUGAACCUGGCCUCCUCCCAAUUUUAGAGCCCCAGUCCCCUUUCUUUGGGUCUCCAACAUCCACCCACAGUUGCUACCACGCCCACCCUUCUGGGGGAUUGAAGCCCCCCUGAUGAGGGAGCCUGGUUUUAAAAUACACUGGUUGGAGGAGCUCUCCCUGCCCCCUGGGCUUCUGUUCAGAGCUCCCCACCCCCACCUCCCCUCCUAGAGAUGAAGACACCGGAGGUGGAAAGUGGGGGAGAUGGAGAUUUAUAUGCAAUACACAUACACUGAGGAUUGGGAAGAGAAUUCCUUCUCCCUACCCCCAAACAAUCUGAAGUUACACUGUUGAAUCGAAGCCACUGGGCCCUCCCCAAUCCCCAGUGACUUGCUCAAUCCCCUCCUGUCCUCCUGAGGGGACAGAGUGCAAGGGAACCCGGGGGUGGUGGGAGGAGGAGAGGGAGCUGAGCCCUGGAAACUGUAAUUUAAGGAGACCAACAAUAAUGAUGAUGAUGGUAAUAAUAGUAAUAUUUUUUUUUGUAAGGAUGAAUCCAAAUGUACACUCUGAAAUCAUUUUCUCUGUAAAUGGUUGGAUUUCAUUUCACCCUUAAAGGGAUGUUUAAAGGAGAAGAUAAUAUUAAUAAUAAAAAAAACCCAGAGCUACAAAGUCUGAA